AUAUUAAAAACUAUCGCUAAUAAGAAUAAAAUUACUUCCAAAUUAGGUAAGAAUAAUAAUUCUAAAAGAAAUAAUAAGAAAGAAUAUAGCUUUAAUUCUAUAUCCGCCCCUAAAUCUAUUAAUGAAAGUAGAGGAAGAGGGGCCGCUCGUCAAAGUAGCGAUCGUUACGAAGAGACUACUCGAUUAUUUAACAAGGGUAAAUACUUCUUCUAUAAAAAGAAGGGUUAUAUUAAGCGAAAUUAUUCUAGGAAAGAGCGCUUCCACUACGAAUGCUACGACUACAUUACUACUAUUGUUAACUGUCACUUAGUUUACGAAAAC